GAUAAAAUAAUACACAAUAUUAUAAAAAUUGAAAAUAAAAACGAAAAUCAAUUAAAUAAUUAAUAAAUAAUUGCUUUUAAAUUAAAUACCAAACAAUUGAUUGUUUAUAUCAUAUUUUGUUAUAUUUUAAAACUAAAAAAAUGAUUUCAAUUAAAAUAAAAGUUUUGCAAAAUUAAUGUUAUUUUGUGAGAAAUAUUGAUUUAUUUUGUUAAACAAAUGACAAUUGAAUUGAAGUAAUAUUUGUUGGAAGUGUUGGAUGAGUUGAAGUUAGAAAUAUGAAUAUACUUCGGGAUAUAAUGAUUGGUGUGACGACUGGUGUUUACGACGCAAUGGUUGGUAUGUUUGCUAUAAGACGUGUGGUUAGAGAAGAUAGUGGAGGAGAUAAUGCCAACAAUAUUAUGAAGAGAAUCAUUGAAUGUAUUGUCUUCAAUGGCGGAGUCUUUUUGUUGUCAAUAGUGUUGUUCAAUCACGUGAUUCUAUCACUACUAUACUUACUGAUCCAAUUCAUAUUUGGAUCUCAAGAAGGAGUGGUGUCGAUGACAUGGUUUUGGUUGGAACCCAUGCUUUCAUACUUUUUCUCAGUCUUCUGGGUUUUGCCUCUUUUUUUAUUGAGUCGUGUCGUGAAUGCGUUGUGGUUUCAAGACAUCGCCGAUAAUGCAUUCAGAGGUCGUCAGCGAUCCUUCAGAAAUAUUCCCGUCUUUAUUGCCGACACUUUCUUCAGUCUCUUAAUUCAAAUUUUAUUUCUAAUUCAGUCAAUGGUUGUCAAGUUUUUGCCGAUUCCUUUUGUCGGACAAUUAGCCGCUAUUUUCCAUUUAAGUCUAUUGUAUUCUCUCUACUCUUUUGAAUACAAGUGGUUUAAUUUAGGAUGGGAAUUACAUCGAAGAUUACAUUUUAUAGAAAAAUAUUGGACUUACUUUUUAGGAUUUGGUUUACCUCUAGCUAUUGUCACUUAUUUGAUCCCAAGUUAUUAUUUAAGUGGUGCAAUGUUUUCAAUAUUUUUUCCCCUUUAUAUCAUAAGUGCUAAUGAGGCCAGACCUCGAUUAGACAUUUGCAACAAUCGAAUUAAAAUUUUUUCACCAGUCGUUUGGAUUUCUAAUAAAAUAUUAUUUUUUGUAUUUCAACUAAACCUUUGGGGUCGAAGAAAUAGAUAGCAAAUGUUAUAUUCUUGA